GAUGAUGUCUUUGCUACCACCGGUAGGCUAGUCGCUCUCCCGCCCGAUUCUCUCUCCUGCGCCCUGCUUGAAUUUCUUCUCCAUGACUACACGCCAUUGAGACUGUCCUACUUCGUGAACGGCUCUGCUGAAGUCGUCGUCCAGGAGCUGUCGCUGGAGAGUGCGGAGGAGAUAGACAAGCAGACAACAUGUUCGGACGCAAGAAGAAAGACGAGGGUCUCGCAGAUGCUGGCUCCGACUCCGAGCGAACAGUGACCCACGACUACGAGCCCACCAAAGCACAAAUCAAGAGAGCCACGCGACAGCGAUUCAUCUGGGCUCUCCUCUCUUCCUUCCUCCUGCUGAUCUCGGUGGUAUUCUUGAUUCUGGUCGAGAUUGGAAACACGAGCAUCAGCAGCACCUUGAACAAGAUCUGGUUCAUCCGACUCGAUCUUUCCGACAUCAUUCCUGUCAGCGUCCCCAACGCCGUGCUCAUCAACAGUAUAGCCCAGUCGCUGGGUCUUCACGAUUUCUACACCGUCGGGCUAUGGAACUACUGCGAGGGUUACGAAGGUCAAGGCGUGACCAACUGCUCCCCUCCCGAGACCCUCUACUGGUUUAAUCCCGUAGCAAUCGUCCAGAGCCAACUGCUGGCAGGAGCAACCAUCGCCCUCCCCGCCGAAAUCAACGACAUCCUCGACCUCAUCCGUCUCGUCUCCAACUGGAUGUUCGGCCUCUUCCUAACAGGUCUCAUCCUCGACUUCAUCGUCAUCUUCCUCCUCCCCCUCAGCGUCUUCACUCGCUGGCUCUCCCUCCCUCUCAGCAUCAUCACCUUCAUCGCCGCCCUCCUCACCACCGCAGCUGCAAUUAUCGCAACUGUCAUGUUCAUCAUCAUGCAGAACGCCAUCACAUCAGCCACAGAAUUGAACAUCCGAGCAAGCAUUGGAACACAAAUGUUCGUCUUCAUGUGGAUCGCUGCUAUCGCCAGUGUGCUGGCUUUCGCAAUUCAACUGGGCAUGUGCUGCUGUUGCGCGAGUCGUAGGGAUGUGAGAACGGGAAGGAGGAUGGGGAGUAAGAAGGCUUGGACUACGACGCGGUCGGACGGUGCUGUGGAGGAGACGAGUGAGAAGAAGAGAUUGCCCACUUUCGGGCGAAACAAAAGAACUGCAUAAUUGUGGAUAUGAAAAGUGGAUUGGGGAAUAGCAUGCGUAUUGGGUUCAGAAAAAUCACUUAUGUAUUAGCAUGGCGACUUAAAGCAUCCUGCGCGAUGGAGCAUUGUUUAGAUUAUGAGCUUUCUAUGAUGUAUAUGAAGUACAGUAUAUUUACGAUUGGCAUCGGCUG